GUAUUAUCGUAUUUAAGAGCUCAUCCAUUUAGUUCUGAAAUGCACCAAAGUGUGAAAAAUUAUACUUAGAUUAGUUACCGAUUAUUUGUUAAUAUAUAAUAGUUUAUUUUGUGUUUGUAAAUAUGCCACACCCGGAUGAUAUGACAAAAGAAGAAAUAAAGGAGCAGUUACUUGCACACGGUGUGUCUUUGCCUCACGGAAAUGCACAUAAAGCAACUUAUGUUAAGCUUUAUAAUAUGCAUGUUGAAAAUCAAUCGGGAAGCUUUUCUUCGGAUGAUGAAGCUCUUGAUAAUCUUUAUUCAAAGAAAGUAAACAUUAAGAAAACUUAUCCAAAAGAAUGGGAGAUUACAAACAUUGAACAAUUAACAAAUGAAGAAAUUUCAAUAAAAUUGAGAUUUUUUGGAAUGGUUCCUGGACCAAUUGGACCCUCCACACGAAAUGUUUAUUUGAAAAAGCUAGAGAAAUUCAUGUCAGAAAAGAGGAAGGAUAUCGCCCACCAAUACAGUGAUGAUGAGGAAGAUGUUGAAAAUGAAGUCAUUGUAGUUAAAGCAACUUUGAAUCGGAAUCGUCACACUUCUUCUCAACCUGUUAAUACAAGAAAAAGCAACAUCAAUCAUGAAGAUAUUCAACCUGGAGUUUCUGAAAAAACAACGUUUUUGUCUCAACCUCCGAACACACAUGAUGCUGAUUGUCCAGGGUCCAACUUAGCACAACAACCACUGCAGAUGAAGCAUUUCUCUUUACAUUCAUUAACAGACCACAUUCAACCUAAUCUCUUAAUACCAGAUCAAAUUGAAACAUCUUUCACAAACCUCACUUUCACAAAGUCCUCAAAUGAUUGUAACGUUGCAAGAGUACGGCAAGAAUUAAGCGCAUUUGAACAAAAACCAAUUUCAACCAAUAGUGCUGAUAUGGUUGUUAUUACAAAGCCAACAUAUAAUGUGGUUAACGACAAACAGAAUGUGUUACCAUCAUCGCACAACAAACACAUGAACGCAUCUACACAACAUAUAACUCAUACACCUCGAACAUUAUUAUCCACUGCUCGAAUUGAGCGUAUCCGUUCCAGUGCAACUACCAGACGACCGUUACAUCCAUGCGGAGACGCCAAGAAAAUGACAAAACCACAGGACCUUGUGCGUGAUGAUAAGAUCAAACAAGAACAUCAUUGGAUGCCAGUUUGGCUACAGGUGUUGGUUGCUUCUAUAAUUGCUGGCUUCAUCUAUCUUGUUUUUCAAACAAUGGAAUCAAACCCUGCGCCUCUUUCACUGCCCACAACUAAUUCAGAUUAGUUCAAUCGUUUUUCAACUUGAAAAAAAUCAUUUUUUGUCAUACAUUUGUGUAUCUUGGGAACUAUGAAUCACCCUGACAGAAUGUAGUAGACCUGUUUAAUAUUUUGUACAAAACUUGUGUUGAAUUAUUAAAUAUAAGUUCUUCUAACAAA